AUGGCCUCGGACAUGGAAAUGAUGGAGGCUCCGAACUCAACCCGCGGCAGAUUGCGCAUUGUUGCCAUCAUGACGGCACUGUCGUUGGCCAUGCUUGUCGCAGCCCUGGAUCAGACCAUUCUGGCGACGGCGAUCCCAACUAUCGCCGCAAAAUUGCAUUCCGCAGCGGGCUACACAUGGAUCGGUGGCGCUUAUUUGCUUGCAAAUGCGGCUGGAGCCUGUAUUUGGGCCAAACUAUCCGAUAUCUGGGGACGCAAGCUGAUCCUGUUGAUCGCUGUGGCCUGGUUCUUCGUUAGCUCAAUCAUCUGCGCUGUGGCUGUGAGUAUGGAGAUGUUGAUCGCGGGUCGCGCCUUGCAGGGCGUUGCUGGAGGUGGAUUGUUGCAGUUGAUUACCAUCAUCAUCUCGGACCUUUUCAGCGUCCGUCAUCGAAGCUUAUAUCUCGGACUCAUGGAGUUCAUGUGGGCAUUUGCCGGUGGGAUUGGGCCUCUACUCGGCGGUGCAUUCUCGCAGUACGUCUCAUGGCGUUGGAACUUUUGGAUCAAUGUUCCUGUUUCCGGACUCACUUUUAUCCUGUUGUUCUUUUUCCUGGACGUCCACAAUCCACAGACAAAGAUCAUGGACGGAGUCAAGGCUAUCGAUUGGUUCGGUAGCGUCUCGAUUCUGGGGCUCACCCUUAUGCUCCUCUUGGGUCUCGAUUUUGGCGGAGAGACGUUCUCCUGGAGCUCAGCUCAGGUCAUUUGUCUGAUUAUCUUCGGAUCAGCCUGCUCGUUGCUUUUCAUAUAUAGCGAGAGGUAUCUGGCAAAGUAUCCCCUGAUGCCAAUGAAUAUCUUCUCUCGCCUGUCCAACAUUGCAACUUUGGCUGUCGCUUUUGCCCAUGGAUUUGUCUUCAUCGCAGGCGAAUAUUACAUGCCACUCUACCUUCAGUCAGUGAAGCAAGCCUCCCCCAUGCGCUCAGGAGUCCUCAUUCUCCCCCUUCCCCUCGCCGAAGCGAUCUGCGGCAUCGUCACCGGCGCAAUCAUCCACAAAACAGGCCGCUAUCUCGAACUCAUCUGGGGCGGCCUAGCACUCAUGAUCCUCGGCAACGGCCUCUACAUCCAUCUCGGAGUCGACUCCUCUCUCGGCGAAAUCAUCGUCUACCAACUUAUCAGCGGCACUGGCGCCGGCUUCCUCUUCCAAACCCCCAUCAUCGCCAUUCAAGCCAUGGUCUCACAGGACGACACCGCAACCGCAACAGCCACACUCGGCUUCAUCCGGAACAUGGCCACCGCCUCGUCGAUCGUCAUCGGCGGUGUCGUCUUCCAGAACAGUAUGAGCACCAUGAAGCCUGGUCUUUUGGCAACGGGCAUGUCGGAGACUCUGGCCGAGCAGAUGACGGGUAACUCGGCUGCUGCAAAUAUCGAGUAUAUUGGGCAGAUUGAGGACGCGGCCCAAUUACGGGCGGUUCGAGAGGCGUUUGCGUGGAGUUUGAGGAAUAUGUGGAUCUUGUAUACUUGUAUGGCGGCUGUGGGGUUGUUCUUUUCGGCGUUUAUUUUGAAGGCGAACUUGAAUAAAGAGCAUGUCGAGACGGUCACAGGGCUGAGUCAGGAGAAGAAGGGGGUUGUUGAGCAGUUGCAGCCAGUGACUACUGCAUAG